AUGGUGUUUCUGGCCAUCUCAGAUGCUGGAGGCGUAAACACCAAGGAGGAGUUGCUGGACGAGGAGGGCCUCCCGACGGAUGCCACUCAAGGCGCCUGGCUGGUGUUGACGGCAGAAGCUCUUCCUGAAGGAGAUAGACGAGUGCGUGCCAGCCCUAUGUCAUUGCGCUCUUCGAAACUCAAGCGGAAGGUGUUUAGCAUUUUCGGUGGCGAGACCCAGGCCAUGCUGCACGAAGUCAAUGAGGUGGAGUGGCUUCAGGUGAUGUACCGGGACGCCGUCUUCAACGAUGUCCAGCUGCGUAACUGGCAGGCCAGCCUGAGCUCCGGUCGGAAUGCUCACUGCGUGGUGACGGAUGCGAAGUGUUCGUGUGACUGCAUCUUAAAGGAGCAUCCUGCUGGAAGACAAAACCGCAAGUCCGCCUCAGAGCUGGCUAUCAUCCUCCGUGAUCUUCAGCAUUCCAAGAGCAUGGUGCGAUGGACUCCCCACCAAAACAUGCUAGCAGACGGGCUCACCAAGGAGGUUCCCUUCCGGGGCAACGGAACCUUGGAGCAGUUCCUCCGAACUGGAGUCCUGAGCUUUGUGGACAUGGACACAAGUACUCAGGAAUCGCGGCACAUCUUGCUGUCCAAGCUCUCGUCUCGCGAAGCUGGCAGCCGGCCGGGCUUCAUGGACCAAGUGGUCGACAAGCUUGUGAAGCCCAAGGCUGUCGGUAAGGCCGUGGACCCCAAGCCAGGCCUGAAACGACGUGGCAGCGGAGCGGGCGGAGCGAGCGGCUCCAGGCGGCCCUCAGGCGAGUGGAGGAGGACUGACGAGGUUGAGCUCGACGAGACGCAGCUUCACGAGUGGGCCAAAUCUUGGCUGCAGCCGUCCAGUGUCGCAGAUAUGUUGCAGGACUUCGGUCGUUUCCAAGAAAGGAUCACACAUCGAAUGCGGUGUUGGCAUGCUGGGCAGGCAGGAAAUGGAUUCGUUCCUCUGCCGGUGCUGCCACCGGUACCUCCUCAAGCUGCGACCAGCAGCAGACACUUGGUGCCGAAGCGAUGGCGAAAACCCACUUCUUUGCAAAAAGGCAGUGCUUCCGACAGCCUGCCGUCACAAGUGCACCAGCACAGCUUUGAAGAGGAGGACUCGGAGUCUGACUUGCCUCUUUCACCGGUCAAGUCUCAGAAGGAUCUGUCCAUGCUGAGUGUCAGCACAGGCUUCCCCAGUUGCAGCCGCAGUUUCCACCCACAUGGGGUUUUCAGGGAGGCCUCCAUAGCUGAUUCUGUACCAGAGCAGAAGCUGCCUCUUCUACGCUGCCCGCCGGAGUUCCAGGAGCCUCAUCGAAUGCCAAACUGUGCGGCGCUCACAGCAACACCCGAGUUCCUCUAUCUUCGCGUCUGUGAGUUGUCCGGGCAACUGCCCUGCAGCGAGGUGACUCGCCAGCACAAGGAUCAGAUGUGUGGUUCCGUCAUGGCCGACCCUCAAGGGGCUUCGAAGGAAGUUCAGGUUGCAUCCAGGGACCUGCAAGAAUUUGAGGAGGAGCUUGCCAAGCAAGUGCCAAUCUUGUUAGAUCACAUGAACGAUGCGGCUGCGGAGACGAACAGACUGGAAUCGGAGUUGUCACGUGCACAAGCGAUUCACAAGUUAGCGCUCACAGAUUGGAGCCGUCUUUACAACGAACUGCGAUCGCAAUACGGUGGUGGCUUAAGUGGUGCUAUCGACUACGCCAAGCCUUACUUUGAUGCAUUGGAGAAGUGCCAAGCAGCUACGAAUCGUGCGGACUCCGUCCGCAGAAGGUAUCGUACUGCCCGGCGGCAAUUUAAAGAAGUUGUGGUCAGGCUCAGGGACUCGGGCAGCCCGUCUCCUGCGCUGGCCGCGGGCUCGCAGAGAGUCUCAAAGCUUCGCCAGGAAGUCAAGUCCCUACAGUCUGAGUACGAGCUUGCCAUGCUGACGCUCCAAAGCACAAAGGAAGAUUUAAAGUUUCAGCGAUCCAAAGUGGACGAGAAAACCAUCGAAGGAGCCAGGCCAUGCUUCAAAGCUCUGCAUAAGGUACAACUACCUCUGGAUGCGGCACACAAGCACGUAGCAGAGCUCAGUGAGGAAGUGGCCUUGGCCAAGGCAAGGUACCGCGAUUCCAUGAAGGAGCUAGAUAGGAUCAGUCAAGCUAUCCAUAAGGCUCGAAGCGCCUGCAGCUGUCAGGGCUAG